CGAGGGGUUACGCCGUGGCGCCCAGUUGAGGUUAAGGCGAAAAAAUCAAUAGUAUCUUAGAAUUACGCAAUAGGCUGGAUAUCGGUCACUGGACACUGGAUUGUCGUUGUACGAUGUUAAGAAAUACUUUACGAUUCAUGACAGUCGCGAUAUGUAUAUGAAAUACUUCGUAGACUUUUUGAGAAACGACCGGGCAAUUACGAAAUUUUCGCGAAAUUUCACUUGAUGUCCACUGACGUCACGCGUCAAAGGAAAGAUGGCGUCGCGUAUAGCUGCGGCUGCCACUGUUCGUGCUGUCAAGGGUCGGAAAAUACUGCCUACGAGAGCUGCGCUUGUUCUCAACUUUUUUUUCAGACACCGAAUGCUGUGAAAAAGAUCAAGGAGAUACUCAAGGACAAAACCGAAUUCAUUGGAUUGAAAGUUGGUGUCAGACAGAGAGGAUGUAAUGGAUUAAGUUAUACCUUGGAUUACGCCACAGAGAAGAGCAAAUUGGAUGAGGAGGUCAUUCAGGAUGGCGUGCGUGUUAUAAUAGAUAGAAAAGCUCAGCUAUCUUUGCUUGGAACAGAAAUGGAUUAUAUCGAGGACAAGCUCAGCGCAGAGUUUGUCUUUAUUAAUCCUAAUAUUAAAGGGACGUGUGGUUGUGGUGAAAGUUUCUCAGUUUAGUAUAUGUAGCAUUUUUUUUUAGUAAAACUUGGUCAAAUCUCUUAGUCAGCUAUUGCUAUUGAAUUUUGAUGUAUUCUUAUAUAUAUAAAUACAUGUCACCCACCGACAAGAGGAUGAUCUUAGCUAGCGUGGUUUUAUAUUUGUAGUAAAGGAACUAAAUGCUACAUAGGAAUGUUAUAUUUAAAAACAGGACUUUCCUAAUAAAAGCUGUCUGGGUGUAUCUCAGCAAGCAUGGUAAUCCUGUUGCAAUAUAAUUAGAUCAAUGCAUUCACAUAAUCUGUAAAUAUGUAGUGCUAUUAUUUGUGGGUGACUACUUCCCAUGAUCACAUUAUGAAAUAUAGAAAAUCACAAUGACAUAAUUGUUCAGAAGUAAGUUGUAUAAAUUGUAGGUACGAAGUUACAGUACUUUUCUGUAUAAUACUUUUUUUGAUUUGAAUAAAAAUAUCUAUUUA